GGCCGGCUGGAGGGCCCUGGAAUCUCUGGGAUUUGCCCUAUGCCUCUUUCUCUUCCACUACCACCCACCCACUCGCUCAUCAGCUCCAUAGUGCCAAACUCCGUGUAAAAGACCCACCCUUUACUGCAACAGUCAUCACUAUACACACAGUUGGGUGAGAAGAAGAAGAAAGAAAGAAAGAAAUACUCCAUGGAAAUGGGUGGCUGGAGCUCAAAAAGACGCAAAUGGAUGUCUGCUACAGUGUUUCUGCUCAUAGCUGCCUUUGCUUCUGCCCAAAUCCAGGACGGUUUACUAAGCAAUGGUGAUUUUGAGGCGCUCCCACCCGGGGGCUUCCCUUCGGAUGAUCUCGGGUUCUCGGAUGAACCCACCAACAUACCCGAGUGGAGAGCCAAUGGAACAGUUGAGCUCGUCGAGUCUGGGCAAAAACAAGGCGGGAUGAUUCUCAUCGUGCCACAAGGCCGACAUGCGGUGAGGCUUGGGAAUGACGCUGAAAUAAGUCAACAGGUCAAAGUCGAGAAGGGCGCAAUCUAUUCCAUCACUUUCAGCGCGGCCCGCACUUGCGCCCAGCUUGAGUCGCUCAAUGUGUCCGUUCCCCCAGCAUCACAAACCAUAGAUCUGCAGACUCUUUACAGCGUGCAAGGAUGGGAUACUUACGCGUGGGCGUUCCAGUCUGGAGACGAGAAUGCGAGGGUUGUUUUCACCAAUCCUGGCAUGGAGGAUGAUCCAACCUGUGGUCCUAUCAUUGAUGACAUUGCUAUGAAGAAGCUUUUCAUGCCCAAUAAGCCCAAAGGUAAUCCGGUAUUGAACGGGGAUUUUGAAUCAGGCCCGUGGAUGAUGAGAAACGAGUCUUUGGGCGUUCUUCUCUCCACUAACCUGGAGGAACAAGCGUCGCCGUUGCCCGGAUGGAUUGUGGAAUCGAAUCGGGCAGUCCGAUACAUAGACUCGGACCACUUCAGUGUUCCGGGAGGGAAACGGGCAAUCGAGCUGUUAUCCGGGAAAGAAGGGAUAAUAUCCCAGACGGUGGAGACCAAGCCAAACAGGGCAUACCGGAUGACGUUCUCCCUAGGGCACGCCGGGGACAAAUGCAAGCCGCCGCUGGCGGUGAUGGCCUUCGCCGGAGACCAAGCGGAGAACAUCCACUAUACUCCCAACGCCAAUUCCACUUUCCAGGCAGCGGAUGUCAAUUUCACCGCCAAAGCCGAGCAGACGCGGAUCGCGUUCUACAGCAUCUACUACAACACGAGAACCGACGACAUGACGUCACUCUGUGGGCCGGUCAUAGAUGACGUGAAGGUCGAGCGGUCCAAGUCCGGCAUGGUGAAUCAGCCCGGAGGCAUUCGGUUGUUGCUGGUUUUCGGUUUUGGGUUCGGUUUCGGACUGGCUUUGGCCAUGGGUUAGUGGCAGUAAAGCCAUAAUAGCCAAUGUGUAGGGCUGUAUGUGAUCUUUGUGAUGAAAUUUUUCAUGGUCAUUCAAAAAAAAUGUAGGAAUGAAAAAAAGCCACCUCCAAAUGGCCAAAAUUAAGUAAAUUUGGGACUGUAGUAAGUAAUCAGUGGUUUACAAUAUCCCAAUGCCCCUAAGAUUUUGUGUGGAGAAAUUAAAGCAAAUCUACAUAA